AGAGCAACACUCGCACCCUCCCACUCUAGUCGAGUCGGGACGGGAGGAGGGGCAGAACGUCAAAUCGUCAAGAGAAAAAAACAACGAUAAAAAAGUAGCCGUAGCAGUGCGUCAUCGACCUAAUACUGACAAGUCGGUAUGCUUUUCGAGCGCUUAAAAUGGAGUUUAAAUGGAGAAUUCUAAGCCAAAAAAGUUCUGUUUUCUCUUAAGUAUCUAUUGAACGACUUGCCCAUUGUCUAGUAAGAAGAAGAAAUGAAGAUGGUGGCGUAGCGUAGCGCCGACCCAUAACAAAGCAACAUAACCUGAUCAAGUUGUUCAUUGAAGUACCCAUGUUCCAGCCAAGUUCCAUAAAUAUGGAUCCUGAUAAAGAAGAUGACAGCUCAGGGCCUUCAAGUCUCUCAUCUGACCAAGCCUCACUUUGUGUCAUUCCCGAUCCUGAUGAUUCAUCUGAAGAAGAUGGUUUUAUUUAUUUAGAUAAGAGUAGUCUUCCAGCAAGCCUCAAUGCUUCUGAGCAUGAUAGAGCUAUAAUUGUGUUUCAUUCCAUCGAUGAAGAAUACCCUGCUCAUCAGGAUAUUCUGUGUCAGUAUAUUCGUCCUGAUGGUUGGGAAGAAAGUCCCAAAGAUAACAUUUGCCUUUUUAGGGUGGGCUGGGUUACCAAAACGGAUGCUGUUUUUAUGGUUCCGCCUGGAUUACCAAGUAAUGACCCUGUAGGACGCAUUGUUAUUUCAGAGAGUAAUUUGCCGAAAGACUCAACUAAUGUUUACCAGUUUUGCUACAUGCGUGAAUAUACAUUGCUUGGGGCAAGCACACCAUUUCAGUUCACAUUUCCAUCACAUUAUGGUGAUGUUAAUGAGAGACCCAAUGCUGAAAUGUCUAUUGGGAAGGACUUCUCAUGCAAUGUCGAUUCCAUGGUACAGCAAAGUGCAGUAAGUCUUGAAAAGUUGGAUUUGAGUUUAUCAUCAAAAAGGCAGGAUACGUCACUACUUUAUCAAGAUAACUCUCUUUUUGGAUCACUAUCCCUUGAUUCAGUCCAAAAAUCUAUGAGUCUUUAUUUGUCUGAUUGCUGCAGUGAGAAAUAUGAAGCUUUUACUCUGAUGGAAUGUGCUUCAGGAAAUCAGGCAUUGGAAUGCAGUGAUACUGGAAAAGACAGUGCAAAAUCAAUAUCUGACGACAAGGACAUUUCCACUGACAGUUUGGUGGCCUUCUCAAAUGAAAAAGAAUCGGAAAAUGACAUCAAACUUCACACUUUACAAGAAGAAGUACACCAGCUGAAGCAGCAAGUUGAGGAAGUCUGCGAUGAAAAAAAGUGGUUUCAAGAGCAGUAUAGCUCACUGCUUGAAACUGUUAAGAAAUAUGCAGAAGAUUUGGCCACCGAGCGUUUAGCUAAAGAGUCAUUAAAUGGUCGUCUGGCUGAACUAACAACUGUUCACAAAAUGCUUUGCUCUGAAAAUGCACAACUUCAUAAUGAAUUUAAAGUUGUGAAACAAACAUACAAGGACCAGUCUCUGAAAUGGGAAGAUGAGAAGAAAAACUUAGAAGAGCAAUUAAAGGAAGAAAAAUCUAUGAAUGAAAGUAAAAUCCCAAGCCCUUCAAAUUGCAGCAAGUGUGAUAAAUAUCAGAAACAGGUUGAAGAUUUAAGUACCCGUGUGUCAGAUUAUGAAAUCAUGAGGAACUGCCUGGAAGUGGAGUUGGAGGAAGAAAUGAAACUUAGCAAGGAAAGAGACUUGUACCUUGCUCAAGUGGAGCAAAUCAAGGUGCACAGUCUGCAGAUGGCCAACAAUUGGCUGGCAAGUACACCAACUUCUACCGAAAAUGGGAACACUUUGCUUGAAAUGGAGGAGAAUGUUAACAGUACCCUAGAGGCACUUGAAUGUGCUUUGAAAGAAAUGGACAUCAUGCGAUCUCGCAAGGCAGCCAUCAACAAAGCCAAUCGUAUCCUUCGAGAGGACUUUAUGCAAAAGAAAGCUGAAUGGGAGGACCGAUUGAUUAAGCAAAGAAAUGAGUCUGAUGCUCAACUGAAUGACUUACAAAUGAAAUUGGACUGUGAAAAAUCUUCUAAAAUUGCCUUACUUGAAGAUAUGGAGGUCUUAAAGAAUCAUCUACACCAAGCCUCUCAAAAAGAAAGUCAGCAACAAAUAAUUUCUGAAGCCAUUGAAACAGCUAAGAAAGAAAUAGAAAUGUUAGAGAAACAGAGGGUAGAAUUGGAGAAGGAAUGUUCUAUGUUGAAAAAGAAAUCUGGAAACCAAGAGGUGGAGGAGAUUAAUAGAACUCUGCUUAAGAAUCUGCAAGAGGCAAGAGAAGAGUACAAAAAGCUGUAUACUGAGAAAAUUCUUACCCAAGAAAAGCUGUCAAAACUGAAACAGAAAAUAAAGUCUAAAAAGACUUCUCGAGCCCAACAAGAAUCAACUUUAAAUGCACCAAAAGCUGAUUUCAUGGAUGCUGUAAGUGCUUCUUGGAGGUAUACGAUAGAUGAAUUGAUGUGAUGGUGGCAAACUGCAAGGGCAGCAUGGCCAGAACUACACAUGCUCCGUUUUGUUCUCUUUCUAAUUAUUACGUUUGUUAUAGUCCUUGCAGUUUUUGUUGUAUCCGUUUUUGUUCUGGCACACACAUUCUACCUUUUAAUUGCUGUUCUAAUGCGUUAUGUUGAAGAUGAGUCAUCCAUGUGGCAUCCAUGUGACACAUUAUUACCUUAUCGUGAUGGCUUGCCUUUAUAUUUGAAACAGUUACAUUUUUGUAUUGAAGCAAAGUUGCCAGGUUCUUCUUGGCUAAACAACGUUGAGUUGAGCUGAGGCUCGUAUUUGCUUUUUCUUUUGACUUAGUGUUGGAUAUAGCGCUCUUUAACCAUCUUCAUUUUUUCUAGUUGUACUCUUAAAUAUUGUUGGAAAAAUAAUAUACUAGAAGCACUGUAGUGGAAUAAAUUGUAGCAUAUUGGUUUCUUUGGUACCCUCGGCUUUCUUGUUGUUUGUACAGUAGUAAAGUCUAUAUCACUUUUUUUUGUUAUUAACUAUGGGAGCAAAGUUCUGUUCAUUUAUGGUAAUUGCUUCCAAGUUUUAUGGUAUUUGAGUAUAUUUCGGGGGAAACUGAAGUACAGAUUGUUUAAUAUAAAUAUAUUCAUAACUUUACAAUAUUUAUUUUAUAUUUAGAUAACUGUCAAUUAACACUCUGAAUCAUUUGGCAAGUGACACUACCUUUCCAUCAAGUUGAAAAAGCAUCAUUUGUUUAUUGUGAAGAGAAUAACUUGUCUUUACCCUCAAGUCUUAGUUAUGCUAAACAGGGUUCUUACUAAAGUAUAAUAUCACAUGUUGCAGUUUUAUUUGAGCAAAGCUGAAGUGAUGUCCUCUUUACUUCUUACUUAAUUACUGUAAUAACAGAUUGAUGUAGGACAAAAUGAGAAAAUAAAACAUAACAGGCAAAAAUUAUUCAGUUUGUAUCUUUCCUUUUGGACAUCAAACCAGUGAUUGAAAUCAAUCAAAUCAGAUCUCUGAUCAUGCAUUAUUUAGGUAAGAUCUUUUCAAAGAAAAAUAGUUUAUUGUACUAAAUCUACAAAACUAGAUACCUACGUUAAUAUGUAUAGUGUAUCUGUUUGUAUCUAAAUACCUUACAGAGUGCAAUGUUAAGCUUGUAGCCCAUCAUUACAUAGUAAUAAUUAAAUAAUGUACUAAAAAUAAAAUGGAAAAUAAACAGUAUGCAUUUGCACUGUCAAAUUUA